GAAAUUGAGCAUCAUCACAAGCAGUUCCAUGGAUUCUGCAGAAGACUCAUCCUCGGAGUCAACACCACCAAACUGUUGCGAGAUAAUGGAUAAGGAUCUUCAUGUCACGUUUCUUGAGAUGAUGUAUCACUUGCUCCCAUCCCCAUAUGAAUCUCAAGAGAUCAACCACCUCACUCUCGCUUACUUUGUUAUCUCUGGACUUGACAUUCUCAACGCUCUUCAUCGAGUUGAGAAGGAUGCUGUUGCCAAUUGGGUUUUGUCUUUCCAAGUUCACCCUGGAACCAAAGCUGACCUCAACAAUGGACAAUUCUAUGGCUUUCAUGGUUCCAGAACUUCACAGUUUCCUCCAGAUGAGAAUGGGGUUUUGCUUCACAACAAUAGUCACUUGGCAAGUACUUAUUGUGCCCUUGCCAUAUUGAAAAUUGUUGGUUAUAAAUUGUCCAAUCUUGAUUCUGAAUCAAUGUUGACUUCAAUGAGGAACCUUCAACAGCCUGAUGGAAGUUUCAUGCCUAUUCAUACUGGGGGCGAAACAGAUCUUAGGUUUGUAUAUUGUGCAGCUGCCAUCUGUUUCAUGCUGGAUAACUGGAGUGGCAUGGACAAGGAGAAAGCCAUGGAUUACAUAUUACAUUGCCAGUCUUAUGAUGGUGGCUUUGGAUUAGUACCGGGUGCAGAAUCUCACGGUGGUGCAACUUAUUGUGCUAUUGCAUCUCUCCGAUUAAUGGGGUUCAUUGAAGAUAAUAUUCUCUCAAGUUGUGCUUCAUCUUCUUUGAUAGAUGUGCCAUUGCUGCUGGACUGGAUCUUGCAGAGGCAGGGAAAUGAUGGUGGAUUUCAAGGUAGACGUAAUAAACCUAGCGAUACAUGUUAUGCAUUUUGGAUUGGAGCCGUCUUAAGGAUUCUAGGUGGAUGCAACUUUGUUGACAAUAAAGCUCUUCGUGGAUUUUUGCUUGCCUGUCAGUAUCAGUAUGGUGGUUUCAGCAAAUUCCCUGGAGAGUUUCCAGACCUGUACCACUCCUACUAUGGAUUUGCUGCUUUCAGCCUGUUGGAAGAAUCUGGCUUGAAUUCACUUUGUUCUGAACUGGGAAUUACUGAAAUAGCUGCAAUGGGAAUUUAAGAUAUGUCUUGUCUUGGAUGUCCAAGUGUUUGAUUUGGUUUUUUGCCCCUAUUAUGUCUGUGUCCAUUAGAUAUGGAUACUUUUACUUUUGGGUACCUUUUGUGUGGUAUGGAUCUUUUAACCUAAGAUUUCUUGCAAAUUAUGUGAAGCUGUCAUGUCACAACUAAUCCACUCUUAUUGGAUUUUAUUUUACCUUUUUCCAAAUUUAGGGGGAAUGUAAACUUUCCAUCUCAUUUGACUUUAUUAACAGUAAUAAUA